CUCUCAUUCAUUUAUCCUGAAGAUCUCAGCACAGCUCCAGUGUUCCUCAGGAUGUACAGCUUCAUGGGAGGGGGUUUGUUCUGUGCCGUCAUGGGCAACAUCUUGCUGGUGGUCUCGACGGCGACGGACUACUGGAUGCAGUACAGACUGUCCGGCAGCUUCGCUCACCAGGGCCUGUGGAGAUACUGCAUGUCGGGCAAAUGCUACACACAGACCGACAGUAUCGCUUACUGGAACGCAACCCGGGCCUUCAUGAUCCUCUCGGCGGUGUCGUGUUUCGCGGGAAUCAUCGCAGGCAUCCUCUCCUUCGCUCACUUCUCCGCCUUUGAGCGAUUCAACCGUUCCUUUGCUGCAGGGAUCAUGUUUUUUAUUUCCACACUCUUUGUUCUGCUCGCUAUGGCAAUCUACACCGGCGUGACGGUGAACUUCCUCGGGAAGCGCUUUGGUGAUUGGCGUUUCUCAUGGUCCUACAUUCUGGGCUGGGUCGCUCUGCUCAUGACCUUUUUUGCAGGUAUAUUUUACAUGUGUGCCUACAAGAUGCACGAAUGCCGAAGAGUGGCCGGAACUCGCUAAAACAAAAGAGAAGCAAACACCGUGUCUAAACAUGUAUAUACAGGUGUUUGGUUAUCUGAUCCCACUUAAAAAGCCAACAAAAGUUGCCUGAAAG